UUGUUGGGGUGCACAAAGACCACUUCCAACUCGCUGGUCUUCAAGAGCUUGCAUCUGCUACAGUUGUCAACAUGCCUGAAGAAUGCACCGGAAUCAUCAACCUGCGCUACACCGAGGGUAGCGUGGGGACUUCCUCCAACCCGGACCUGUACAACCGGCAGAACUAUGAGCAGCUGAAGCGGACGAGCCUGAGGAGAGGCUCUCUGUUUGUGGACACCACCUUCCCUCCCGACAGAAACUCUCUGGGAGAGGUCUCCACCAUGCCGCAGUGGCAGCAGCAGCAAGUCAAGUGGAUGCGGCCAGUGGACAUUGCAAAAGCCAUGGGCUUCAGAGGGGAGGUGGCUUUUUUAAUGGAUGGGGCUUCAAGAAAAGACUUUGGUCAAGGCGCGAUUGCUAAUUGCUGGUUCCUGGCAGCUAUUGGCUCACUGACGUUGCAUAAAGGGCUUCUAGUGCAAGUUGUACCUACCGACCAGUCAUUUAAGGAGUAUGCUGGCAUCUUUCAUUUCAGGUUCUGGAGGUUCGGUCGGUGGGUGGACGUCGUCAUUGAUGACUUUCUCCCAACAUACCAAAAUCAGCUAAUCUCUGUGAACAGCAAAACUGGACAUGAAUACUGGGUCCCUCUCCUGGAAAAGGCCUAUGCUAAACUUUGUGGUUCAUAUGCAGACAUGCACGCAGGAAACCCAGCUGAGGCUUUCAAGGAUUUCUGCGGGGGCGUGUUCAAGCACUACCAGCUGAGGAAUCAGCAUAGCCAAAACCACGACGAGGAGCUCUGGGGCUGCCUGUCCAGAGCCACGGACUGCAAGUCCAUGAUCGGCUGUGGGACCUUUGCAGCCGGGGGACAGGCAGCGAACACGGUGUCCCGGACCGGCUUGGUGGACUGGCAUGCCUAUGCGGUCACAGGAGUCACUGAGGUCACCCAUAGGGGUUCCAGUGUCAGGCUGGUCAGACUGCUGAAUCCCUGGGGCCGCCAGGAGUGGACUGGAGAGUGGAGCGACAGCUCAGAUUUGUGGAAUCAAGUGAGCUCUGAAGACAAGAAAAAAUGUGUGAAAAGCGAAGAUGGAGAGUUCUGGAUGGAGUUGGAGGACUUCUGUCACCAUUUUAACUACAUGUCCAUCUGCUGUGAGAACCCCAACUUCAUCGAUGGGGAUCUUAGCUGCCAGUGGAAGUGCAUGAGCUACAAUGGCAGCUGGGUCGCCGGUAGAACAUCUGGAGGCAGCAUCGGGAAUUCCACCUACGUCAACAACCCCCAGUUCCGCAUCAAGGUGAAAGCCCCGGAGGGGGACAACAAGGGCAAAAACAACCUGCUGCUGUCUCUGAUGAGGAAGCCCGCGGGAAACCGCAGACAGUCCAGCCAGGAAUACAUCAGUUACAGCGUCUUCAAGCUCACAGACCAGGCCAAUGCAGGGCAACUAGACUAUGACUACCUGAGGCGGAACUUGUUGAGCCAGAGCCCAUUCAGCAAGGACAGGGAAGUGAUGCAGCUCAUCAAGGUGGAUCCAGGAGAAUAUGUGGUCGUCCCCUGCACUAUGUAUGCUAACGUCAGCGACGAGUUCCUCCUCACGGUGUACACCAAGGCAGGCGUGAAAGCUCAUGGAGAUGAACAUGAUGACCAUGAUGACAGUGAUGAGGAAGAAGCAGAGGGAGUGACCCCCACGGCAACUGGUGAUGAGGAUCUGUUCAGACGCUACUCUGAAGGGAAAAGGGGACUCAAUCCCGAACAGCUUAAGCGUCUCCUCAACGACUCCCUCCUCAACGGAAAGGACGGGUUUGACCUGACUGCUUGCAGAUCCAUUCUGGGCCUUUCUAACCCACAGGGCUACCAAAGCACCAUCAACUAUCCCGCCUUCAAGAAACUAUGGAAGAAGAUUGUCGGCUACAAGGAACUCUUCGAGAGCUUGGACACGGACGGGUCUGGGGCGCUGUCCAUCCAUGAGGCCAUGGGCGCAACGUCCUCUAGAGGAUUGACUGUGGACCCCCAAACCAUCAUGUCCGUUGUGUUCCUGUAUUCCGGCCAGCUCAGCGACGUUCCGCUGGAGGGCUUCGUGCCUCUGAUGUUAAAGCUGGAGAACAGUACGAGCACCCAAAACAACAACACCAUUACUACUUAUUACUACUACUAGCAACUUCGAAAAUGAUGAGGGUACCAACACAAUAAGUAUCUCUAGGAAGAACACUUGGGAAGCGAUUCCUGAUGAAGUGGCAAAGUAGAAGAGUAUGCUUCUUUAUAACCUCAGAAGCACGUUAUUAUUACAAGUUAAUCAGUGGGUACAUAUAGAAGGGAUUUCAGGUCAAAGAGCAUCAGUGUCACCCCCUGGUUUUCUGCUACUCGAUCCUCCAGAUUGCCCCCUGGUGGCCAAUAAAUGCUGUAUGUUUCU